GGUGAGGCUGAGGUGAAGCAGCUGUGGGCCAGGGCCCCAGAUGGGGUUCCUGCCAGCAGCCAAUCAACCCUCGCGGAGAAAGAGAAAUCAGCCAACCAAGCCCCGCUCGCUAUUUCGGUCUCCCCCUGAUCAGUUUCACUGCCCCUCUCUGAACUCCUCAGACUCUGGCUGCUGCGACCAGCUGUUUCACUGGGGACUCCUCGGUGCGGCGGAGCGCAGGGUCUCAGGUGAGGACUCCCGGGAGCCAGGGCCUGCUACAACCCCAGACCACCGUCCAGGGCCGGGGGUAAAUCGACACACACAAGGAAGGUUCACAGUCGGCCAGCUCUGUCAGGAGCCAUGGCAACGCCGGACUAUGCUGACCACCGGCACGGUCCCGCGACUUGCUCUCUCUGCCAGGGGCGCUGUCGAGAACCAGUGAUCAGAUCCUGCGGGCACCGCUUCUGCCCGGCCUGCGUCCACCGGCCCCGGAGGGACGUGACAGAGCAAAUCCCCUGUCCUUGGUGCAAGGAAGAUUUUCAGGGGGGGAAAUCCAGCAGCCACGAUUCCUGUUCGAGGACCCGGGUGCGUGGCCGGAGAGGGUGUGUGCGAACCACAAAGAAGAGCUAAACUUCUUCUGCGUGGAGGAUCAAACCUUCAUUUGCCGGGUCUGCAGGGCGAGCCGGAGUCAUCAACCCCACACGGUGCUUCCCAGAAGGGAGGCUGAAACCGACAUGAGCCAGGACCUCCGGCGCACCUGGGGCGGCUGGGAGAAGUUUCCAAGCUCAAAGCCAACUUCUGCUGCGAGCAGACACGUACACAUGGAGGAGCUGGCGGCAGACGGUGAUCUAGCUGGACUCAAAGAUGCACCGUCUUUCUCCAGGGUCCAGACGUUCAUGGCGUGGUUGGUCCUGUUCCUUUUCCUGAUUGCCAUCGGCGGCUUGAGCGCCACCAUCUUUGCUUUUGCACGAGCAGCCGUCAAACCUGAUGGGGCUGAUCCAAGACCAUCCGCAGCCUCCUGUUGUCCAGAAGGCUGGAUCGGUGCCGGAGGAAACUGCUACUACUUUUCUGAAGACGAAAGGAACUGGGAAACCAGUCAGAAUUAUUGCUCUGUGCACGCCGCCUCUCUGGCUGCGAACGAUAGCUUAGAGACUCUGAAUAUCACAUUGCACCGUAAAGGGCCCUCCAAUCACUGGGUUGGACUCCGGAGGGAACCGGGCCAGCCCUGGAGAUGGGUGGAUGGCGCUGCAUUCAACCACCCAUUAACCAGCCCCCUUGAGCCCCACAGCUUUGCGAUCCGGGGGGCCGGACUGUGCGCUUACCUGGCGGACGGUGUUGUGAGCAGCGCGGGGUGCGACACGGAGAGGAAAUGGGCCUGCAGCAAGCCGCACGGACGGAUAGGCGCGUCGCCGGAAGACGCCGAGUGUUAAGAGCCCUCAACCUGCAGCCUUACACGACAGCUCCCGGCAGGAACCGGACUGGACCACACCAGAGCAGGUCUCCUCCAAGCGUCACCCUCGCAUGCGGGGAGGCCUGUAGUACCGCUGGGUCCCAAAGCCCACGGCUAACAUUGGACGGCAUGCAAGGAUCUGAAUUUUAACACAAGCGGACCGUGUCCCCAACACAGCAAACGCACGUGAGACACCCUCCAAGAGCCACGCUAGGCCCAGAGAUCGGUCGGAGAUGGGGAAACGAAUCUGUUUGGCUUUGAAACCGACGAGCGGGUCUGUGGCGCCUUAAAAACGAAUCACUAGCUGGGACCAGGAGCUUUGGUGAGCAACGCCCACUUCCUCAGAGGUACUGGCGUGGAAAGAACAGAAGCAAGAUGGCUAUAACAGAGGGGAAAGCUACCUGUCAAUUGUAGGACGAUGCUAAUGAGGCUAAUUGGGUGAGCUGGAAGUGUCCCAGUCUUUGUGUUUGUUGUAAAAAAUGCGGCGGUUGGAGGUAGGGGAGAGACUGGCUUUAUAAUGCGCCAUCCAGUUAAAGUCUUUGUGCAAACC